CGUCUGUGGUUGAGAUGGAUAGGAGCAAUGGAGGGAAGCAAUUGAUGAGUGGUAAAUCCAUGGCAGGAAGUGGUGCAGUGGCAGAGCUAGAAAGAAUGUGAGUUAAUAGAGGGAAGAUGACUUGCAGAAGCUGGAGGGUCUUUAACUUUCUUCUUCUAUUGCUGGGCAUUCCUUUAGAUUGUGAAGACAGUACUGACCAGGGUGGAGACUUUGGACCAAGUCAGCAAGGUCUGGUGUUGUAGUCACCUCUGGCAGUACCAAGGAAACGACACUAUCCCGGGGUGCCAACUUGCCCCUGUUGGACGUCUCCGGGGCAUUCUUCUAACAUUGCAACGGUGAAGGCCAGUUACUGGCUUGCAGCGAUUGGCCUGGUGCGCAGCUGCUGAGUGUCUCAGCUGAUUUUUGGUCGUUUUCACCGGAAGAUAUUCGUAUUGGGACAGCGUCCAGAAGGAAAGUAAUACGACAGAAAGGUCAGGCCAGAACGAUGAGCGGAGCGAGAAGGAAAAAGUCAUGCCGGAUAGCACCCCUAACAAUUCAGCGCAGCUGGGUUCUCACCCAACUUGUAAUCAUCUACAAAGAUUCUCUUCAGCAGAAAACAAUGGUUGCAAUCUGUAUCUAAUUGACUUGUUUGGGGGAAGGGGUGGGGGGAGGUGGGAAUCAAUGCGAACAAUAUUGCAUUCAACUGGUAAAUAAUGCACCAUUUUACUUAAAUAAAUCUCCCGUUGUGGAAAUAAAGUAACAUUGCAAUGAUGACAGAAAAAUGUCAGAAGUAUGUAUCUAAAUGCAGAAAUAACAUCGAAUGGCAAUGUGCAAGCAGACAGUAUAGCCGUGUAUUCACAUGAAUCGGAGAUGCUGUGUACCAUCCUCGGACGGCUCUUUGUUCCUACGACGGCCCGCUCCGCGCGCACCUGCUGCGCGUAACCGCGAGGAGAGCACGGAGCGCUGUGAUUGGCUGAGCCUUGACUUCUGGCGCGGCGCGGCGUGCCCGCCCUCGGAGUGGGGAGGAGCUGGAUCAAUGCAUCAGAGAAGCAUCAUUGAAGCAGGCACCGUGAGCUCCAGCUACCAUAUACUGUACAUCGAACAGGUGUUUGACUUCCAGCCUGUUCUUAUCCAGCAACGGAAAGAAUACUUUCUGGUUUAAAAUUCUAUUGUUGGAGUUUCCACCCUGCUGCUUAUGUUCUUGCCGUACAAAUGUCUACGAAAUCUUGAGUGAGCAUCUGAGAUAGACUCCGCUUGACGCAGUCAGUGUUCUUCUCCAUGUGGUAGUGUUUUCUUCAUAAUACGAUACACGCCCAAGGCGUUUUCAGUUCAGUCGGGAGAUGUUUGUUUUUGAGGUUGACGGCUUCUAUGAUUAAUUAAGAGAAAUUAGAACAGAAUGAAAAUGCUCCGCUUUCGCAGUUCAAGUAUCAAGUCCUUAAGCCAAGAGAUCAAAUGUACAAUCAGACUGCUGGAUGACACUGAACUACCCUGUAUUAUCCAGAGAGACACCAAAGGUCAAUUCCUCAUUGAUCAUGUUUGCAACCAUUUCAGCUUGUUGGAAAAGGAUUACUUUGGCAUUAGAUAUGUUGAUCCAGAAAAACAAAGGCAUUGGCUGGAACCCAACAAGUCAGUUGUGAAGCAAAUGAAAUCUCAGCCUCCGUAUACCAUGUGUUUUAGAGUGAAGUUCUAUCCUAGUGAACCAGUCAAGGUUAAAGAGGAGCUCACCAGGUAUUUAUUGUAUCUUCAAAUUAAAAGGGACAUAUUUCAUGGACGGCUUCUUUGCUCUUUGUCAGAUGCAGCUUCUCUGGGUGCAUAUACUUUACAAGCUGAGUUGGGUGAUUAUGAACCAGGUGAACACCCAGAGGGAUAUGUUAGUGAAAUUAAAUUGUUUCCCAAGCAAACUCAAAAACUGGAAAGAAAAAUGGAGCAGAUUCACAAAAAUGAACUAAGGGGACAGACAGCAGCUGUUGCGGAACUGAAUCUGCUGCAGAAAGCUCAUACUUUAGAAACCUAUGGUGUUGAUCCCCAUCCAUGCAAGGAUUCAUCAGGAGCUACAACUUUCAUUGGAUUCACUGCCACAGGUUUUGUUGUGUUCCAAGGGAAUAAAAGGAUUCAUCUCCUAAAAUGGUCUGAUGUCAGCAAAUUGAAAUUCGAUGGGAAGACAUUUUAUGUUCAUGGUGUUCAGAAAGAGAAGAAAACAGUACUGACUUAUCAUACAUCAACUCCAGCUGCUUGCAAGCAUCUUUGGAAAUGUGGUGUGGAGAACCAAGCUUUUUACAAGUAUGAAAAAUCCAGUCAGAUCAAGACUGUGUCCAGCAGCAACAUUUUUUUCAAAGGCAGGAGAUUUCGUUUCAGUGGAAGAGUUGCAAAAGAGGUUAUUGAAGCAAGCACCAAGAUUCAGCGCACCCCUCCUGAAGUUCAUAGGUCCACACUUGCCCAGAGUCGGAGUUACAAUUCUUUAUCCAAGCAGUUGAUAUUAAGCACUGAGACAACAAAAUCAUGGCUUCCAUCUCCUGAUGAAUCUGAAGAGCAAUCUGCCAUGGAUGGUGGAGAGUUGUUGGUGUUGAAUGAUGAAUCUCCUUCUGAAGCAGAAAAGGAGAAGGAGCCACAGAGUGAGAAAGGAGAGAUGAGUGAAUUCAAAUGUGAGAACAAAGAGGAAAACAGUGAUGAAGCUUUAACCAUAUCAGAAUUAGUGUAUAAUCCAAGUGCCAGUGUCCUGCCUACUCCUGUAGAAGAUGGUGGGAUUGACUUGCUCUUUAAUAGUCACCCAUUUGGAAAUCAGAGGGAUGAAGGAAAUUUGUAUGAUGAGCUAGAUGCAAAUGAAACCACACCGCUGAUUGCUGAAGAAGAAGAAUUAAAGGAUGUAAAGCGAGUACUCACCAGCAGCUUUGAAUUGUUAACAAGCAACAAACAUCUGAACGCACUCGCAAAAAGCUUUGUGAAACUUCUUCUGGUGGGGUUGGGCUUGAUGCUGUUUGCUUUCCCACUUCUUUUGGUCUUGCUGGAAUCCGACAUUGAUGCUUCUUUUCUGAGAGAAAUCCGGCAGACACCAGAGUUUGAGCAGUUUCACAGUGAAUACUACUGUCCGCUUAGAGAGUGGUUGGCAUGUAAAGUACAUUAUAUCUUUGAUAAGCUAGGCAGCACCUGAAACCACACCAGUGUCCAGCUGGACAAACAGUAACAACUUAUGACAACUUCGUCUCUGAGCAAAACUUAUUUCUGCUGUUUUUACUGUUUUUAUGUUUUGUACCUUUUUAAUGUGGUUUAAAAAGUAUUUCAGGAAAUUUUAUUCAUUUUUUGAAGUGAAAAUUGCUCAUGAAAUGAUUGAAUUGUAAUGCACAAAGUAAUAAGUGUGGCAUGAUGGAGUAUUUUCUGAUAUUCCAUGGUUGUUGUAUUUGUGUAUGCAUAUACAGCAUUUUGUUUCCAUCUUUUUCAAGAUGGAUGCAAGAUUCCAAAUGGUCUAUACAGAUGAAUAACUGUUAUGGCAAUGGACCUUUCUUGUGUAUUUGCAUAAAAUGUGUUGACUGGGUUACAUGUGGUAAAAUGCAUGAAUUUGGAGGGUGGGCACUUGGUAUUUUCAUAGGGUCCAAAAUCAAAACAACAUUUUAUUUAAUUAUUUAUUAGAAAUUAUUUAUAAUAAUUGGAAACACCAAGCUCAUUUGGGGUAAAUUUCCAUGGAGGUGCUUCCACUUCUCUAUUGUAACUGGAGGAAAAGUACAACAGAAUGCCUCCAGUCCAUGGAAAUACACCCUCUUGUAAUUAAAUUCUACAUAAACUGAAGAUGUUUUCAAAUAGGUGGAUUCAUGAAAUGAUGAAUGUUUUUGCAGUAUAAAAGGAGACAAGAGUUGCCAAUGUUAGACAAGCUGCAAGAAAAUGAUGUGUUUGAGUAAAUUGAGAUUGCAAAUUAUAAACAAAGGAAAAUUGGCUCAACUCUUCAGGUUUAUAGCAUGCAUUCACUUCAUUCACAUCAUUAUGCAAACUGAAAGAUUAUCACAAGAUGUCUUUAAAACACAGGAUUCCACAAGGCUUCAAAUUGCUAUACAUAUGUUAACAUAUGUAAUGUAAAUAGCUUAGCAACUUCUAACACAAAUGGACCAGGAGAAAAUUAUUUAA